GAAUCAGGGAAAGGAUAUCAUCCUACGGCCGUCACAAAGGGGAAAAAAAAAGAGGCUUCUCCGGGCGUGGGAGGAUUUUGGUGGAAAAAAGAGGGCGUUUGAUCGGAAGUAAGGAUGAAUACAUUGAAUGUGACUCCUGGGAAUGUUCAGACAUCACAGGUCGGCUGUGCAUGCAUCGCGGUGUCACAGAACGGAGUGCCCCCGAUUGCAUGUUUGUGCAACUUACUUGUAAACCCGACAACAAAUCCACAGGAUCCUAUCACAUUUAAUGACGUUGCUGUAUACUUCACAGAGGAGGAAUGGAGCUUUCUCGAGGAAAAAGACAAGGGUCUUUACAAGAAAGUUAUGAUGGACAAUUAUGAAACCCUUCGAUAUUUAGGCUCUUCCAUUGAAAAACCUGAGAUUGUGCAAAAGAUUGAACGAGGAGAGAAUUUGUUUGUAAGCAGUCAUCAGGAACAGUUAUGGCGGAGUAUAUACAGAAGUAUAUAUGUGGGUCACAUGUCCGCAGCUGGCAGUAACUUAGAACAGCCGCAGAGACCACCAAUGUAUUACUGGACAUGUCAUGACAAUAUCCUCUGCAACGUUAACCCCGACCAGAACUCUAUGAAGUCAAACGAAUGGUUAAUCGCGGAAACCAAACUGUUCACCACUUGUGGAAGACAGAAUCCACAGCUGGUGCAAGCGUUUAAAGUGGUGUACUCUCCGGACCACAGCGGCAAAAACAUUCAAGAGUUAAUUCAAGGCAACGCACAGAUGAAGAAUAUAUUUCACCAAGGGAUAAAGCCUAAGAGCGCAAAAGAAGCCUCCAAGAAAGCAGAGAGGCGCCAUUCGUGCACAGAAUGCGGAAAAAGUUUCACGCGGAGCUCCCUUCUCAAGUCGCACCUAAAAACCCACAGCGGGGAGAGGCCUUAUGAAUGCACCGAAUGUGGAGGGCGUUUUGCCGAAAAGGGGACACUAGUUAAGCACCAAAGAACUCACUCAGGGGAAAAACCCUAUCAGUGUCCUAAAUGCGGCAAACGGUUUUCCCAGAAUUCACACCUCAGCACGCACAGGAAGACCCACAUCGUCAAGGAACCGUGUUCCGACUGCGGCACGGUAGUCAGCAAACUGAAGAGCGUUCACUUGGCUCAGAAUGAUUGCCCCAAGUGCCGCCAACACAUCUUGGAACGACUGAAUGCGAAGAAAAAAAGGAAAGCAAAAAAGAUCGCAAAGGUGUACAAGUGCACUCAGUGCGAUAAGUGUUUCACCAGGAGCGGGAACCUUGUCGUUCACUACAGGACCCACACGGGCGAGAAACCGUUUAUCUGCUCUUAUUGCGGGAAGACCUUCACGGACAGAUCCAACCUGAUCAGCCACCAGAGGACUCACACCGGGGAGAAACCAUACUCGUGCAACGAAUGCGGCAAGACCUUCCCAUACCGUUCAGCUCUGGUUUUACAUAAGAAGGGGCACGCCGGCGAUAAAUCGUUUGUGUGCAACGAAUGCGGGAAGAGCUUUUUCUGCAACGCACGGCUACUCCUGCACCAAAAAGCUCACACCGGGGAAAGGCCGUACGCCUGCGACGAGUGCGGAAAGAGUUUCUCUUGCAGCUCGACUCUGGUGAAACACCAGACCAUUCACACCGGGGAGAGACCCUACACAUGUCACGAGUGCGGUAAGUCAUUCAUCAGAGGGUCUCAUCUGGCUAUUCACCGUCGGACACACACUGGUGAGAAGCCCUACACCUGCAUGGACUGCGGGAAAGGUUUUACGGAUAAAUCCAAUCUGGCGAGCCACCAGAGAACGCACAAAGGCGAGAAACUGUACGCCUGCAAGGAGUGCGGGAAGAAGUUCACGCAGAGCUCAACGCUACUAAAACACCAACAGACACACAGCGGAGAAAAGCCCUACGCCUGCACGGAAUGCGGCAAAAUGUUCUCCCGCAGCUCCAACCUCAUCGUCCAUCUGCGGGUGCACACCGGGGAGAAGCCGUACAACUGCACUGCGUGCGGAAAGAGCUUCUCCCACAGCUCCCAUCUCGUGAAACAUGGGAAAAUCCACAAAUGAAA